AUGGUGCAUGCGGUCUAUGUUGACUUCAAGAAGGCUUUCGACAGUGUGCCCCAUCAUCGCCUUCUGUACAAACUCAGCAGCAUUGGAGUGCGACGUAAGCCUCUGAUGUGGAUUCGAAGAUUCGUAUUCGGCCGCUCUCAAGCUGUCCCCGUCAGUGACCAGCAGUUUGCGGAGGUUGCCGUUAGAAGCGUUUUUCCCCAAGGCUCCGUUCUUGGUCCUACACUAUUCAUUAUAUAUCUCAACGACCGUGCAAACGAAAUGGAUUGCGAUGUCACAAUGUUUGCUGAUGAUAUAAAGAUCUGGAGUACCAUACUAAAUGAAGUUGACGAAGCGCGAUUGCAGAUAGCCCUUGACCGCCUCUAGCAGUGGUCGAACGACUGACUUUUGCCGUUUGACGUAAACAAGUGUAACUUCCUACGAUUCGGCGGACAGUUCUCCUAACCACAUGGUCUAUCGCCUGACUGGCAAAGCAUUGCAAGUAGUCGAUGUCCAGAAAGACUUGGGUGUGUGGAUCACAAUCUCGCCCAAACCUUCGCUGCACUGCUCAAAGGUAGCCAAUUUGGUGAUGUCCAUCCUAUAGCUCGUCAAACGAGCGUUCUCGUCCUUUGAUAAAAACUGCUUCGUCAAGUUCUUUCGAACUUUUGCGCGGUCGCAUCUGAAGUUUGCCAUCCAAACAUGAAGACCUUGGACCGCUAAAGACCUUAGAAUACUCGAAAAAGUCUAACGGCGGACAACCAGACUUGCAACUUGACAAGGGUCACUUACCUACCAAACACGAUUAGCUAAUCCUGAUCUCUUUCCUUUGAGUUACAGGCAGCAACGCCGUGACCAUUUACAAGCUUUCUGCAUCCUGCGCAAUCAGGACUGCUGCCUCUUAUCUAGCGACUUCGAGUCGGCGACUACGACUAACCUGAGGGGUCAUCCACUCAAACUAUGUGUGACCGGUGCCCGGCUAGACACACGGACGUUCUUCUCCAACAAAGUGGUUGCAGCGUGCGAUGCUCUGUCUGCGGACUUUGUUAUGUCUGAAUCCGCAGAAACUUUUUAAAAGGAAGCUGUAUCAAAAUAGCAGUGUGCAUUACAAUGCCACCCGACAGAAGCCGUUUUGAUAGCCUACGUUAACAACUCCAUACUAUCAUGAUCCACUAUUUAAGUAACAUUUCUCUAUGUAGUUUAAUAAUUUUUGAACCCCGGCGCACAUCACUUUUCGCAUUUACCAAGACGCUUGCAGACUACAAAUUUUCUUACUUAUACUGUGGCCUAUGUGUGCUUUAAAUUCGUACCGUUUUUAUCACCGAACCGAGUUCAUAUGCCUUCAAAUACUGUUAACGCAUGAAAAAAUGUGCUCACCUGUAGAGUUGUUGGUCAUUUCCUUGUAUUUAUUUUAUGUUACUCCCUUUCCACUUUAUCCAUACACUUCCUCUGCGUAGAACAAAUAGGGAUUUCAAAGGUACACUCCUACUUUCCAUCAAAUAAACUAAACUGGGCUAAGCUGAUAAUAUGGAUCCAAAGUAGCAUGCAUCCCGAACCUUUAUUAUAAAGACAAACGAGGUCCAAAAGUUCCUUUAGCGACUGCUUCGUUUGUGAUGCGGUAAAAACGAAUUGAUGUGUUUUGUUUACGGAGAUGGUCUGUUCUUGUUUGGGCGUUGUUGUGUACUUGCAGAAUCAACUGUCGGGGGUCACAUCCCACUUCCUGUAGCUGCCUCCAACUCAAUGCUCCCCUUGGUUCAGCCAGAAACUGAUCGAGAUUAUAUCGUCAGAGAAACCUUUCUUGACCAACCUUAAUCAAGGAUUUUGUCACAUCUAAUUUAUCUAAUUAUCGUGUCUUUUAUCAUUACAAUUUAAUCAACUGUUCUCCGUUUCGUCCCUGCUGACGAUUGACUGUUGAAAUACUGUCUCAUUAUGUCUACCGAGUAAUAUGUUCAGUCCACUGAGGAACCUUCCUCAGUUGGCCGUCCAUUGAAGGAUGCUGAAGGAAGCGAAAAUUCGAAACCUAUCGAAGACAAGGAGAACAAGGAUGUUACAUGUUCACCAACAUUCGCAUGAGCAACUAGAUUUCUCACGGAAGAAAGCAGAGUAUUGCAAUGUUUUGGUGUAUAUUACGCUACCCAAUCGAAGUAACUUGACACUGUAUGUGAGUGCAGUUCAGACACACAUUUCCAUGCCCUAUCGACGGUGUAAUUUAAGUAUGGUUGUAGCGACUUUUAUUGUUGAUUUGACCUGCUGCGCUGAAGGAAUGAUGGCAAACAGUACGUAUUAAAAGACGUAAGUUAAAUAUGGCAGUAGCGGCAUGUGUUACCGAUUGGGGCUGCACUUUUACUUGGCUAAACUUUUCAUUUAUCAGACGUGAACUUUACUCUCUAUGCUGUUUUUGUUUUAAUUGGUUUGUCGAUCGUUUUGGUUUUGGAGGUUUUACAGGUAGGGGCGUGGUGUAGGUGCUGACACCGUGGUGCAACUAGCCGACACCAAUAUUGCCCUUUUUGACGGCGACCAUUCGAGCAGUGACUUGUCUUGAUUGAAGAAAACCCAACUCAAGCAAACCUGUAGGUUAUUGUCGCCAGUCCAGUCGGUUAAUCUUUCUAUCCCGGCAACGUCGAAACCUUUAUUUGGGCAGUAUGCUGCAGCUUUUAUUCGCUCCAUUCAUAAUUUUGGCGUUUUGAGUAAUGAAGUCAAGCUAAAUAUUAGCUUUCAGCACUCUGUUCCUACCAGUUUCUCAUUUUUGUUUCAGGUUUCGAUAUUUAAGAUCUAGUUGUCUGGCCAGUCCUCAGGGCUGCACCUCCCGACUCCCUUCUACCUCCUCAUGGCCAUUCUUGGUUUCCAACUAGUGUCUACUCUCGUUGGAAUCAGUCUGCUGUCCAAAUUUGCUACGCACUUUUCAUUCACGCGUUUCUUCCUAUGCAGUGGCGUGUAUCGGUGCCUUUUACCAACAGAUAAGGAGAUACUGGAGAGUGCGGGCCUUACAAAAGUGAAAUCUAAGGGUAAAAUUCUGUUAUUGUUGUAGUUGUAGACGCUUGUAUGCGGUUUUAUUGACUACAAAUAUAUCAUGACUAGUAGUCGUACCUACCUAAUUUCUAACUCCGUGUGUAGCCUGAAGAAAAGUACAGCUUAUUUCCCUGAGUGUUGCGAUUUAUGGUAGUAUCGUGGGGAACCACGCUCACUGAGUACUAACUCAGAAUUAGUGGUGGUCAGUUUAAUGCUGAAGGCUCUGGCAUCCAUGACAAACUUCCAAAAGUUUUAUUUAGGAAGCUGUGUUAGGAACUGUAUGGAUAUUACGUUCCGCAGGCCGGUGGGCCGGAUGGCCGAGCAAUCAUCACGCCAGCAUCCAACACAGGUGAUGAGAUUUCAGCAAUUAACAACAUGCAUGCCGGCCACCAAACAAUUAGCGCACCAGCGGGCAACAAUCCUCGAUCAAGGGGAGAGUGGUCAAUUAGCAUAGGUAUGCAGUAACAUGGCGACUGCAUCCUAUAAAUACUAUAACUUCCUGUGCACGAAACACCCUCUCCUGUCACGGUCUCUGAUGAUGGGUUCAAGUGAGAAUCCGAAACGCCAGGCGAAUAAAGCCGUUGUUCCAGCGGUCGCUUCUGCUCAUUAUUACCGGUUUAUCUUUCUUUUUUAGACAACUCAUCGUUUUGACUUACCAUUUUAAUUAACUCGUUCUUGUACUUCACUCCUUUCCGGACCUAUGGUUGCGGUGGUUCCAUUUGCUAUAUUAACUCUAUUGCCUCUUCAAUGUAGUUGUCAUACGCUCAAUUCCAGGCUUUCGGAGAAUCGCAUAUCGUGUCAUUAGUGACGCAAUAACUCCUAACUUCCUGUUUUCAAAGAAACGUCGUUCUGGAUUUUUCUCCUUCACGACUGGAAAUUUUGAUCAUUGUACAUUAAACCGGCUGUUUGUACUGUAGUUACAAAAUGAUCGUUGUUUUUAAGGUCUAGUUGGCAUAACACUGAUUCAUCCAUCGUUUGUGAGCGUAGACUUCAUAUAUUUCGUGUGGUUAUUAGCUAUCUCGGGUGUGAUUUUGACUUACAUGGAUGCUUAUACUCUUCUUGCUCUUGGACAGGGAAGAAGCACCGUGGGGGAUUCGCUGGCGCAGGAUCCAACACUAAUUCUGCUAGCUUAAGUGCACACGUUGAUAAAUUCCACUUUCCUCGCGCUACGCCCCUCAAACUUCGUCUUGCCGCAGUUCAUCUUGUCGAGCUUGCCUGCCUUCCUCUCUACUCUGAACUCGUCUGGCUUCUGGACUUCUCCGUCUGUGCUCUCUUCGUCUUUUUGACCAACGAACUGAUCCUGGGCCUGCGCCAGGUCUCCAUGUCGUAUAAUGUCACUGUGACGAGGAAUAAUAGUGACGGUGGUAGUGGUUUUUUCCUUGUGCACAGCUUCUUCACUCCGAGCACCAUAAAUGUGAGCCUAGUUUGGUGCGCUUUCUUAGUUUGGUUCUCGCUCGCCGCUCUUUUUUCCACCUUCUGCGUCUACGUUCACCCUAGAGGUGGCGAUGGUAAUGAUGGUGAGGAGACCGUUGAGGGCUGGAAAAACGGAGUAAUUGGUGCUGCUAGCAGCAAUGGUGCCUUUUCAAACACAAAAAUAGUCUCGGAGUGGCCUCUCCUCUUAACAACGGCCUUCUGUUCCUUUGUUGUUGCCAUGUUCUGCAUCAGUAUGGACGGUCGGUGCUUUGACCUACAAAUAUAUUCUGCCUACAGGAAUGUCAGCCUUUCAGGCGGGCAGGUAGCAACUUCGACCCUAAGUUGGGGCGUGUUUCAGGCCACACUUGCCCUAAUGGCCUCCCUAAUUGGGAUGCUGUUUGCUUUCCCUGGGCUCCAGACUGGCAGAGUGUACCUACAAGCAAUCACGUGAGUAUACGCUUGCGUUACACGCGCGUUUUUGUAAUUCGCAUCACAUACACCCUGAUUUUUUACUGUGCUGUUAUUUUGUGUCUCCAUCCUGCGUUCUCGAAUUGGGGAUAUCAAGAGGGUAAUAGUUAUCUCCUUUUUUAUGAUCACUACUAAUGGCCUGAUCGUUGUGUACGGCGACGUCCACCGUGCGCCCUUCGGUGUGGCCGCAGGGCAUUGACUUACGCGUGGAUUAAUUUCGUGAGGCAGAUUUGCGUAGCAUAUACUGCACUCCCUCCUCCCUUGCCCACCUGGCUCCAAUGGCAAGACAGUGUCAAGACGGCGCGGGUGAACUCAGUCGCAGUAACUGAUAGAGCUACACAUCUCGUCUACGCCCACCAUACACGAUCUGGUCCCCGCAUAAUAGACUAGGCCUUCACAAGAACGACUCACUUUUAACAUGCAUGAAAGUGCCAUAGAAGCUGCGUUAAGAAACAACAGUUGUAGACUAACUCUCCUCCCUGAAAAGGAACAAGUUACCCCUUGAGUUGCCGGCUACUGCUUUUAGUGAACCGUGAUGGAUUGGAGCCCCUCAGACUUAAUAUAGCGAGGGGUGCGCCAAUGUGUCGUAGGGAUGAAUUUCCCUGUGCCGGCCUCACUCUUCCCCCCCUCCCAUGUGCCAGUCAACUGGUGCUGUGAUCAAACGCAGUGUUGGACGCAGCUUGAAGUCCAACCUCUAGGCUUGCUACUUUAUCUCCCAUGUAUGGUGUCAUGCCAACAUAAGCCCUUGGCUAAAUUCCAUCUUAUCUACUACUUUCCUAUUUCUCGUUCUAGCCCCAGUACGUCAGUUGUAGGAUGAAUAAAGCCCUUCAGUUCAGUUCAGUUUAUUUGAGGGAAAUAUAGGUGUUAAACCUUUGAACUCCCUAUUUGUUACAAGGAGGCGAACAAUAAAAAAAAAAUUUGAAAAUUGGAACAUCAAACGGCUACAGAGUUUCUUCAGAUUGGCAACGUUUUGUAAGCCAGACAGAUAAACGAAUUGUUCCAAGAGUUAAAAACAUUAACGUUACUAAAUGUGCUGUACAGUAGUCUGUCUAGGGAUAGUUGGUGCUAUCUCAGUUUCGGAGGGAGACGAAUUGAAUGCCAACACACAUUUAACAGACAUGGGACAAUAUUAAAAAAACAAACGUUACUGAAAUAUGGGAAGUAAUAUCACAACAUUAAUAAACUGUUCGAAUGAAAUGCUAGACAAUCUGUCAGGUGGCAUUGUGACGAUUGGUGGCAAUCUGGUCCAAGUUGCGCUUAAAAGCCUCGACGGAGGUGGACAUGACGACACCUGCAGGCAGAGCAUUCCAGGCCUCGAUCACUCGAGUGUCCAGCUUGGCGCCAGUUACGCGUAGUUUAAGUGGAUGACCUCGGAGGUUAUAGGGUAUUCUCGUUCUGACUCCUGCAUCCAUAUUUCUUCGUCCUCUCCAUCUUGUGUGCUUGCUAUGGCUCUAGGUACAACAAUUUAUUCAUCUUACAAUUCCAAAAUGGAUCGAUUCCUUAAGCCAGAGCGAUUCGAUGCUGAUCCAAAUGGUCAAGACGCUUCUAUGCAGUGGAGUCAUUGGUUUCGCACUUUUGAAAAUUUCUUGUCCACGAUCGGUAACCUGAAACCGGAUAAAUUAGGCGUUCUUACUAACUACGUUUCUCCGACAAUCUGGGAAUACAUUAGUGAAUGCUCCAGUUAUAAAGAAGCUGUUAAAUUGCUGCAAGAUCUUUACGUAAGACCUAAGAACGGAAUUUUCGCCCGCCAUCUUCUGGCAACCUACAGACAGGAAGGUGGACAAAUCCUCGACCAGUUUGCUCAAAAGCUAAAAUCCUUAGCUAAGGAUUGUGAUUUUAAAGCCGUUACGACAGGACAAAGAUGCGUUAAUCAGUGGCCUUUCAUCAAACCAAAUUCGGCAGAGGUUAUUGGAACAGAAGACUUUGGAAUUCCAAACUGCCUUUGAUCAGGCAAGGUCACUGGAAUUGCUAGAAAAACAAUCCCUGUCGUAUCAGAACCCUCCGACGACCUCAUUUUCUCCCGCAACCGAGCCAUGUGAAGCUUCGCCGAGUCCCGUUAAAGAGCCUGACCUAGUGGCUUCUACUUCAUUCCAUAGCAAAUGUUUCUUUUGUGGAUACGACAAGCACCGCCGUUCGAUGUGUCCCGUACGCGAUGCGUUAUGCAAAGGGUGCGGUAAGAAAGGGCAUUUUCAAAAGGUGUGCCUAGCAUCACGAAACCGAAAAGCCUUCUCUUCCGCUAUGUAUCCCUCCAUUUCUGCCGUGGUAUCAGCUGCUGUUCUCGACUAUCUUUUAAGUGUAGUAGUUGAAUUACAAAUAAUGUGACUAAUUUUCAGGCCCUUAUUGACACAGGCAAUUCUGAAAGUUACAUUUCUUCCUCAGUGGUGCUCUGAAAUAAGUGGAAGGUUCAUAACUAUGGCACUAGAAUAUCCACGGCUACCACAUCCUUAACCAGCGCCACGCAAAUGCAUAUUGUUGUCACUAUUAAAUCUAAAGUACAGUAUACCAGAAGGUCAAGCCAUCGGUCUUGCCGAAUUUGUGCGCCGAUGUUCUACUUGGACUCUGACUCCACAAAAGUGUUGAAAUCCCUUUUGGUGGACCUAAACCUACGUUCUCGCCUUGUUCUGUUGCUGCCGCUUGCGUCGAGCCUCCCCGUUUGUUUCCUAAUUCGACACCAAGCUGCAAACCUAUCGCUACUAAAUCUCGCAGACACACCAAUAUGGAUGAGAGAUUUUAUACGAGAAGAAAUUCGUCGCCUUCUUUCUGAGGGUGUAAUUGAGCAUUUAUUAUCCCCUCGGCGAGCCUAAGUUUUGGUCGUAGCCAAUGAAAACUACAAAAGCGGAUGGUUGUCGAUUAUAGCCGAGCGAUCAACAGAUACUUCUAGAUGCCUACCUCUCCCCCAGAAUGGACGAAAUGGUUGAACGUAUUGCAAACUACGACACGUACAGUGCGUGACCUAUCUCAUGAAAUGUUGGCUGAAAUUCUGAAAUGCGUUUUCGAUUACGAAGGAUUGCUUGGUCGCGGUUGUGGUAAUGAUUAUCAUAAGGCAUACUCUUAUAACAUUUUGGACUCGGUAGGAUGUCGGCAUUUAAAGGCACUUCUUUUCAAUCUCCUGUAGAAAGCGUGCUCGGUAAAAAAUGACUACUUAAAUAGCAUGCAUUUUUUCCAUUGAUUUUCGACGGUCUUGGAAAUUCAAAUAAAUUUUAUAGAAACCACAAACAAAAUGUGCUUUCUUUUAGUCAAUCAAUAGAGAAUCACGUCUUAUUUAUAUUUUAUACUUAAGGAAGGAGUAUAAUUAGGUUUUAAAAAAGUUUUCUAAUUGCCGAAAAAUUUGGAGCCUGAUCAUUCGUUGCAUUAGCGCUUAGUUAUUACACUCUACAAGGUGCAUGCGUUCCGCGUAAAGAAAAUCCCAUAUUUUUCUAUGCCAUUAAAGAGAUAUCAUACAGCGUCCAUAAAAUUUUGCAAUGGAUGCGGACUAUGUUGUACAUUUCAUGAGGAGCAGUGGUAAACGGCCAGGUACGAUGCUAUGUGAAUGGACACAUCGCGGUCUCAAAAAGUCUCAUUAUUAGAAACUUUUUAAAACCUAAUUAUACUCCUUCCUUAAGUAUAAAAUAUAAAGAAUACGUGAUUCUCUAUUGAUUGACUAAAAGAAAGCACAUUUUUGUUUGUGGUUUCUAUAAAAUAUAUUUGAAUUUCCAAGACCAUCGAAAAUCAUUGGGAAAAAUGCAUGCUACUUAAGUAGUCUUUUUUACCAAGCACGCUUUCCACAGGAGAUUGAAAAGACGUGCAUUUUAAAGCCGACAUCCUGCCGAGUCUAAAAUGUUAUAAGAGUGCCUUAAGAUAAUCAGUAUCACAACCGCGACCAAGUAAUCCUUCCUAAUCAAAAACGCAUUUCAGAAUUUCAGCCAGCAUUUCAUGAGAUAGGUCACGCACUGUAUAGCACUCUUGAUCUCAAGAGCGCCUAUCACCAGAUACCCAUCCGGAUAGAGGAAAGACCGUACACUGCCUUUGGAGCUUGUGGACGUUUAUAUCAUUUUUGUCGUAUCGCGUUUGGUGACCAACGGAGUUGCGUGCUUCCACCGGACCAUUGACGACAUAAUUGCGCGCGAACAUCUGGAGAAUAUUUUCGUCUACGUUGACAAUAUUACUAUAUGUGGAGACAGCCUCGCGGAGCAUGAUUCAACCCUUCGAAAAUUCCUUAGCGUUGCUGAAAAGUACGAACUACCAUUCAAUGAAGCCAAAAGUGUUACGCUACUAAAUAAAUCCAACUUAUUGAUUACGAGGUUUCAACGGGCAACGUUAGGCCGGAUCCGGAUCGUCUAAGGCCUUUGCGUGAAAUGACUCCUCCACAAGACCUUUAGUCUCGACAACGUGCUGUGGGACUGUUUGCAUACUACUCACAAUGGAUAUCUCGCUUUUUGGAUAAAAUUCAUCUGCUCAUCCAUAGCAGAACUUUCCCCUUACCAUUGAAGGUAAUGGAAGCGUUUGAUGCUCUUAAGGAGGAACUAGCCUUGUCUACGUAGCUGCGAAGAUCUUCGCUAUUGUCCUACUCAGGCGAUUCCAGGCUGUGCGUGACUCAAGGGCGAGGCCCAACCAGGCCGGAUUUCGUGCUGGACGUGGAUGCGCAGACCAGAUAUUCACACUGAGGCGCAUUCUCGAAUUUCGCCAUAGCUACCAACAACCGACGGCCGUCUGCUUCAUUGACUUUUCCGUCGUGUUUGAUUCCGUCCAUUGCGAGUCCCUGUGGCGGAUAAUGGCGCUAGAUGGUGUAUCGGCAGAAAUCGUCGCCAUGAUCAAGGCCUAUUAUCGCUCUACUACUGCGAGAGUCCUGGUCCGCAACAAUAUUUCCCAACCGUUCGAUAUUCGGUCUGGCGUUCGACAAGGUUGUGUCCUGUCACCCAUUCUGUUCAACUACGCUUUUGACUAUCAUGCAUCUGUCCAGUCUGUCCUUCUCUACGGUUGUGAAUGCUGGACUUUGCGGGUGGAUUACGAACGAAAACUGGAGGCAUUUUACCACCACUGCUUGAGGACCAUCCUUCGAGUGAAGUUCACCGACUUCGUCUCAAAUGAAAUAGUUCGCGCUCGCAGCGACAAUAUCGCAAGGAUAAUUCAGGCCAUCCCAGAAAGACGACUGAAGUGGUUCGGACAUGUUCUUCGUCGUCCACCUCAGGAACUCAGUGUUACUGCCCUCGAUCCGGCACCGUUGCCCCAUUGUAAGCGUCGAAGAGGGGGUCAGUUCAAAACCUGGCUCGACACAGUUCGUCAAGAUAUGGAGGAGCUUCUUGUACCUUCGGUAUUCGGUCUCCGUCGUUGGCGAAGGGAAUGGGUUGAGUUGUCCAGAUCUGCUGCCGCGGAUCGUCACGCGUGGAGAGGUACAGUUCGUGACAUGAUCGAGGCUGGCUCGAUCAGGCAUGAUCGCAGCCGUAUUAAGUACAAGUAAGUACAAGUUGAGGAGGAACUUGCAAAAGCCGCAGUGGUCACUGUUCGGUACGAUACCUCAUUAGUUGUCGAGACCGAUGCUUCAGACGUCGCAAUCGCUGCCACAGUAAAUUAGGAUGGCCUACCAGUAGCGUUCUUUUCUCGUAGCCUUUCUUCAAAUGAGCGACAUCAUUCAGCUGUAGAGAAAGAAGCAUACGCCGUAGUGGAAUCCAUAAGGAAAUGGAAGCAGUUCCUCCUCUGUAAUCACUUUACACUCAUCACAGAUCAGCGUUCUGUUGCCGUCAUCUUCGGCAAUCAGCAAAAAAGGAAGGUCAAGAGUAAUAAGAUCAAACUCUGGAAGUCGGAGCUGUCACCAUUCAAAUUUGACAUUGUCUACCGACCUGGUAAAGAAAAUCGAGCGGCGGACACGCUUACUUGUAAUUGCUGUGGUGCCCUACUAACCAGUGUCAAUCUGAAAGAACUGCACGAGUCACUUUGUCCUCCCGGUGUCUCUCGGCCUUCGCACUUUGUUGGAGCUCGGAAUCUCCCCUUUUCAAUAGAAGAGAUUCGUAAUGUCGUCUCUAAAUGUCAGGCUCGUUGUCAAGUCAAACCCCGUUUCUUUCAAAGCCAUCCAGCCGUUCGAACGAUUGCCACUCGACUCCAAAGGUCGUCUUCCGUCGGCAACUCACAACCGCUAUCUGCUAACGAUUGUUGAUGAAUGUUCUCGUUCCCCGUUUGCGUUUGCCCGUCCUGAUCGGACUGCCGGAACUGUUAUUAGAUGUUUGUGUCAACUCUUCUCCGUUUUCGGUACUCCUUUGUACUUACACACUGACCGGGGAUCGUCAUUUAUGUCAGAUGAAGUUUAGCUAUUCCUUCGCAGUAAGGGAGUGACGACGAGUAGAACAACUCCGUACAAUCCCCAAGGAAAUGUUCAGGUAGAACGUCUGAACACAUGGCAGUAGUUAUUGGCAUGUGUGGACCGUGUGCAGCCCAAGUAACGCGUGCCAUGAAAUAAUUUCAAUCCAUUUCGGUCCAUCGCGUCCAGUUCGGAGCUUGUUCUGUGUGCUGCAACCUUCAUUCUUUUCUUAUUUUCCCUUCUUAUUGUCAAAUCCUGCGACAAGUAGUCUACUAAACGGUGCUGUUACGGUCUGCACAGACAGCCAGUUCAGGUUGUUGCUUAGUGUUUAUGGCUUAUCCAUUGAUAGAGCGAUGCCACCUUCCUUCCACAAGGUUCAACUCUGCAAAUGUUGACCACAAAUAUUGAAUAAUUGUGGUCGGACAGUGUACCCACCUCGACUUAGGGCAGUACCCCAACCUACACGGACAGGACUUCCACGUUACCCUCCACUGCUGCUGCCCAUUCUUCCAUUUCCGACAGUGACGUUUAAUUAAUCACUUUGGCUGCUUACCGAUAAUGUAAUCGGAUCGACGUAGUCUUCUUGUUUUUAGGAAGGUUUCAAGGGAGAUAUUUUCUAUAUCCGUUCGGCCAGGUGCAGGGCAACUCAGAUACCAGCUUUUCACGAUUCCUCGAGUUGCGAAGACUAAGCUUUGCAGCCCUAAGUCAACGCGGGUUUUGACGGUAGUUUUGGACGUGAAAGCUAUUUACUGGCCAUGCUAACGUCCCCUACCACAACCUCUUAGCUGGUGAAAGGUGCCAGGGCACGGUCAUUUGUGUUGUUCUUUGCCGACUGAUAGAGGAAAAGUGAUUCAGGUUUCUUAAUAUCCUUCGACACUACUAUCUUGACUUCAUUUGUGCACAUUUCUUUUUACUGAGUCGUUUGUAGGUGCAUUCGGACUUAUCACACAGAAGCGUUUUUUGUCGUGAUUCAUGAGAAUCUCUUGGAAAAAAGACAUCCUAGGCCUAAGUUGAAUAAACAAUUAAGAAGUGUCUUCAACAUCCACGUCCGGCCGGCCUACGAUUAGUGGACAAAAGUAAAACCUGAUUUCCCUCAUAAACGUCUAGUGUGGCUUUGGUUUUAGUCUCAUUUCAAAGCGAGUUAAGUACUCGCUUUCCAGCUACAGAAUGCCCCUUCCUGUGACUGUGAACAACAAAUACAUACAAAAUUAUCUUACCAUCGUUGUUGCCUUGUCGAUAAUUCUGCUGUUGUUUUUCUGUUUCCAUUGGCAUUUUCUUCGUGUCCGCCCGCAAUAGGAGCUGCGAAUCAAUGGUGGCCCGAGUGCUUUUUCACCUCAAUUUCAUUGCUCCCUUCUUUGCACUUCUACUUUGGGUAUCGCCCGUAAUCUCCCAGAUUUCACCUACGCUUCUGGAGUCGGCGCAGACCAACUUCCAGCGCUUCGGUCCUCGGUGGACUUCCUUAGCAGUUGUUUUGGCUAGAAUAUUUUCGGCCGAAAAUAUUUGCAGCCUCCGUUUGGCGGCCUGUGUUCUGGUCCUCUGCCUGCGUCUCUUCAUGACUAGACGACAUAUGCAGGUCUGUACUUUUGACACCCGCUUAAACUGUUGGGAGUUUUACACGCCCGUCUGCCCAGGGACGCCUGCGUCUUCACUACUUCAUUCAUGUCCUUUCUUUUGUGGCUUCUUCCUAAAGCUGAUUAUGAGGUAACUUAACCAGGUUUUAAGAUUCCAAAAAUUUAACUGACAUCCUUUCUGGACCUAAGCUUCCAGUAAUUUUGGUCUCAUCUUUCGAUUGAUAUUUAGUGGGAGCUUGUUAUGAGGAGACUUGGUUUCAUGUUAGACAUUAAGAAAAGUAGCGAGGAGGGACGACAGAGAAUGCGGGUAGAUUGAUACAGCACUGUUUCGGGCUUAUUCUGCCUUCAUUCAGCCAAUCAUAACCCUGACCACCAGCAGCUGAGACCAGAUUGAUAAACACCCGAUCUGCAGCGACAGAGAAUGACAGGUGGCGAGGCACUGAUGAACUUCGGUUCGAUGAAGUGCUUAUGACCCAUCUGGUAGGCCUCAGUGCUGGACCGACUGCGCCAGGUGCGUCUGUGCGCAUGUUUGUGUUUCUGGUCUCAGCUGCUGGUGGUCAGGGUUAUGAUUGGCUGAAUGAAGGCAGAAUAAGCCCGAAACAGUGUUGUAUCAAUCUACCCGCAUUCUCUGUCGUCCCUCCUCGCUGCUAUUAUGACUUGGCCGACUUCGGCCUGGUAAUUGGUUGCCUGUUCGUGACCUUUGCCACACAUACGGAGCUUGUUUGCUUUGUGAAGCCAAUAGAUCGGUGUGCGCCCAUUCCUGAUUGGUAAACACCCGAUCUGCAGCGACAGAGAAUGACAGGUGGCGAGGCACUGAUGAACUUCGGUUCGAUGAAGUGCUUAUGACCCAUCUGGUAGGCCUCAGUGCUGGACCGACUGCGCCAGGUGCGUCUGUGCGCAUGUUUGUGUUUCUGGUCUCAGCUGCUGGUGGUCAGGGUUAUGAUUGGCUGAAUGAAGGCAGAAUAAGCCCGAAACAGUGUUGUAUCAAUCUACCCGCAUUCUCUGUCGUCCCUCCUCGCUGCUAUUAUGACUUGGCCGACUUCGGCCUGGUAAUUGGUUGCCUGUUCGUGACCUUUGCCACACAUACGGAGCUUGUUUGCUUUGUGAAGCCAAUAGAUCGGUGUGCGCCCAUUCCUGAUUAAGAAAAGUGUUAAUUUUCAUGUUAGCCGUUUGGUUUGCAUAAUUUGAUAACUUCAAAAGUAUCCGCGGCAAAGCGGUAAGAUUUCCUUCGUCGGUCUCAUUGGUUGUGGCGCUGCAAUAGGCCUCGUCCACUUCCAAUUGUUAUUGCUACAAGGGUUGUCACUCGCAGUCUCCCUUUUAGGAGAUGAAACUGAUGUAGGGAUAGGGGUGCUGUGCACAACUUACGUUGCAGUCAAGCUCAAUUCGUAAUUCCGCUGGGAAACUCCAAUACUAGGGUCACACGUGGUGCAUGGUGGCGAGAAGGGCUUGCGCGGCGUACUGUCGAGCGGAUACGACCUGUAAGCACACCCACCGUCCUUAUACACCAAUAUCGGCUGCCGAAUAGCGAGAUAAAGUAGUCCCCUACUUGCUGCUGCCAGAGUUAGUUGGAAGGCUCCCUGGCUGUGACCUGCCGAUUGUUGCAGGGGACUGGAACGGCCAGCCUGGGCUCAGCGACUCCUCUAACAGCUGAUCUGAGGCGACUGUCAUUCACACGUGAUAUUGGUAUCGUCACAAACAUCUGCCGACCUUGUGUUUAAACGAUGGUCGUACGGUCAGUCAUAUCGACUACAUCCUAGUUGGUUCUGUUAUAAGCUUGCCGCCAAUCCCCACAAGUUAAAGCGGGAUGAGAUGUGUAUUGUCGUAUUCUACAUUGCAUUUAAGGCAAAAAACAUACGGGAAUGUCCAAAGUCGGUCUGAAAUGCGACCAAUCAGAUAACGCCCUUAAGGGGUUAGCAUGCCGGCUGGACUUCAGACCCAUCUGAUUGGCUGGGUAAACUUCCAAUCCUGUCGGGAGCUGGCGCGACGACAGCACGCGGAUCGUUAGGACGGCUUCCUAACACUUCCAUCGUUUUGAGUUGGGUGGUAUGACAUGAACCGCGGGUCCACUUGCAAUGGUACCGUUUAGUCUUUGGUCCGACUGUUUGGGUGCUUGAAGAGAUCGUCUUAACACAGUAGCCGUAGUUUCUUGCCUUGAUUUUUGGCAAAUAGAAUGUGUCCAGUAGUAGUUACAUUGGUAGAUUUGGGCCUGGAUUUGGCACGUUACCAGUUUCCCUCAGCUGAAUGGUAUGGCGCACCCAGAUGUCUGGUCCUACCAGAAUUCCGUAAACAGCGUCACCAAAUUUUCGGUGAACACAUCCAAACGUCCACUUCCCGAUUGCCUCUGUAGUCUUUUGCCAGCACCUCACCCGGAUGGGAAGUCCAUGACUAGUUGAAUUGUCUUUCAUUCGAUGUCGGACAGGAUGUUUCACGACCAACAUUCCGUCGUCCUCCGGCAGAUGCCGUCCGACAAAUUACGUUGAAUGGUAUGCGAAGCUCCCUCUGCGUCUGAGCCUCGGUGGGUGAGGUGCCAUUUGACGAAUGUGGGUUAAGCAUUUCUCGAAAACUUCCGUAUUCCCCUCCUCUUUUGACGUCUGGAGAGCCCUCUUGAGCGUGUCGACAAGUCGCCCAACCUGUCUGUUGGACUGCGGAUGAUAUAGUGGCGAAGGCUAGGUAUUCACGCCCGACUGGUCGCAGAAUCGGGCGUAGGAGACUGAUAUGAAUUGCCCUCAAUUAUCGCUCACCAAAGUUCCGGGAUAACCAAAUCUGCUAAACAGUUACCGAAGUGUAACUGUGGCCCCGGUUGUCGUGUGCUCCAUGGGAAAGUCUUCCGGCCAUUUGUUUUAUGCGUCGAAGGCGAUAAAGAAGUUUUGACCACUAAUUGCUCCAGCGUAACCGAUGCCAACCCUGGAUCACGGGUCUUGUGGGAUAGGCCAUACCUUGAGUGCUGUGGAGAUGGAGACACGAUCGCUGGAACAAGUGGAACGGUCGUGUCUCCUCCGCGACUACUGCCUAGAACUCGCCUCCUCGCCUCUAUUAGUACCUUGGGUGUUGUCUUCCUUGGCGCCUUUGGUGUGAGGGCGCAUUUAGUGCACGAGUAAGCCAGCCGUUUCAAUUGUUGGUCCAUGUGAAACCAGUACACAUAACUGCGAGUGAGAGCCUUCAUGCCGUUGGGUCCCAGAUGCUUAGUGUAAAACUGCUUCAAGACUUGCUUGCAGUUUCUGUCGAUCAGCAUCUUCAUAGGACAGGAUACAGUCGUUAACGGUGGGCGGAGAUUGCUGUCGUUGGUGAAGCUGUCGGAGUUCUCGGAAGGUUUCGCGGGUUACUGAGUGCGAUAGUACUUGGUGUUUGCCGUAACAGUGGUUCCUGUUGUGUUGCGUUUUGGAAUUAAUAAAAGUGGCUGCGAGUGCACGAUUGGAGUCCGUGAACAGGUUGUGAGCUUCUCGCUCGACGGAAGCGGGCAAUAUGAUUAGGUGCGAGAGGGCAUCUGCCUGACCGAUGUUCGGAGUCAGUUGGUACCGCAUAUCGAAGUCGUAUGCAAACAGCAUGAUCGCCCAACUCUGAAGACGAUUUGCGGAGUACAGGUGGGUGCUUUUUUCCGACCUGGAAAUUUCAAGAAGCUUAUGGUCCGUUAGAAGGGUGAAGUGACGGCCAUGAAGCGUCUUGUGAAACUUAAAAGCGAGGUUAACAGCCAAGGCCCUUUUUCAAUUUGUCCGUGGUUACGUUCCGCAUACAUUAGUGACCUUGCUGCGUGAGGAAUAGCCUUUUCUGUGUUAUUGGGAAUGACAUGUGAAGUUAUGGCUCCAAUUCCUUAGUUGGAGUUGUCCGCCGCAACGACGAUCCCCAGGUCGGGGUCAAAAUGCGUAAAUAGCAAGUCAGAGCUCAAAAUUGUCUUCACGUCUUCCGAGCCCGCGGUCCAUACUGAGUGGUUCACUAGUUGGCGAACAUUAUCUCGCCGAAGGUGCUGUAGUUCUUGUUCGACAGCUAUGAGUGCAACAUAAGGCACUGAUCGUUUUGGUCGGAAUACAGGUUUUGCAUUGGACUAAAGACAGAGACUGACUUACAUCCUUGUGCAGCAACCAGGACCUUGAGAAAGUGAGUCGAAUUUCUCCUGUAAGUGGACGUCAGCCCUACAGCCAGCUGAUGCGAUAUAGCGGGACUCCGCCAAGAUAACUACUAAGUAUUGCAAACACGAUUAAAUGGCGCUUCAAGAAGGCCCAAUUUUUUGAUCCAGUCGAGGCCGAGUGUAUUAAGGUUCGGACGAUCGGUGAGGUAGCAUCUUCCCUUGAAUGCCAUCAAGGGAGACGUCACAUCCAAGCUCACUCGUGAGCCGGAGAAUACCUCCAGAAACAUUCAACGCCUUUUGCUUGCUGUGAUCAUCGGAGACUGUCCAAUCAUGUACUGAGUACGCUUAGAGAUUGGGAUGACGUUCGAGGCUUUAUUUAGUUAAAGGCGUACUCGUGUGUGAGGUGGCCUGUUUCAAACUAAACCCGACAGUAGUUUUUCCGCAGGAAUAGACAUUGUGAAUUCUGCGUCGCCAACUUGUUGUGGACCUACGCACGCCCCACUGAUCGCCCAUCCAACAACUCGGUCGAAUCCCCAAAUCAGAACCCGACAGUAGGAUCGGAAAGACGAUGCGUUGUUGUAUUCUACAGCGUAUAUAAGGCAAAAAAGGAAUAUAUGGGAACGUCCAAGGUCGGUUUAAAAUGCGGCCAGUCAGGUAGUGCUCCUGAGUGGUUAGCAUGUCGGCCAUUCUUUCGACUUAUCUGACUCGUUGAGUAAACCACCAAUCUUGCCGGGAAUUGGCACGGCAUCAGCACACUCACGGCGUCCCAACACGUCUAAGGUUCCGCAGCUGGGUUCACGAUAGCAGGUCGGUGCGUGGUGCCGACACUGGUGACGCCCAUGGGUCGGACUGUAUUCUCGUUCGCUCACGCCCGACACUUCGUCUCAUCUACAUCGAGAAUGCCACGUGCGAGAUGCCUUGAUGUCGCAAAACUUCGACAAUCCAACACCACUGAAGCUAUGACCACAGAAAUCUUGUCUCGUUUUACGACCCGGGCUGACGGCGAGAGCAGUAUCGAAUGACCAUCUUUGAUGUCAUCAGCUUUGGGGCAAUUAAGAAAAUUUUUUGGACAACUCGCCGACGCUGCAGUGACUGGAUCAGUGGAAGAACCUCUCAGUUGUCUGCCCAGAAGACUCGAGUCAGGUCCGGCAACGACUAUUCCACCAACUUCGGAAAAUGGCGGCAAACUCAGUAAUAACCAGCAUAAACAUUGGAUUGAAACAGCGACCUUCGCGUAGUUUUAUACCCUUCCAGGCCAUGCAGUGUAAUCGGGAAAAUUGUGGAUGAAACACAGACGUUGUUGAAAUGUAUAGGUCUUAUGUCGACAGCCGCCCUGGCUCUAUGAGGUAAUUCAGUAUGCGUGGGAAAUGAGGCCAUUCCUGAUUACUGAGACUCGGGCAUCCUCGCACCUAUCUUCGAGGGAGAUAUGACAAAGUGCGGGAAUUACCGCGGGACAAACGCCAUCGAGGUUUCUGCAAGGGUCUUUGUUAGUGUCCUUCGCAGGAGAUUCCAGGGUGUGCGGGACUGGGUCGAGACCCAGCCCCGCCGGUUUCUGAGCUGGGUGUGGAUACACGGACUACAUAAUCGAACGGCGGCGCAUUCCUAAAUUUCAUCAUGGCUACGAGCAGCCUACAUCAGUCUACUUUGUUGACUUGACCGCCGCGUUUGGCUCCGUCCAUCAUAAGUCCCUGUGGCGGAUAAUUGAACUAGAUGGCACACCUUUAGAAGUUAUUAAGGACUACUAGGGGAGUUCUGGUCUAUAACGAUCCGUCCUGAUCUGCGUGUACGACGCAUCCGUCCGGCUAUUCCUCAUAUACGACUGAAUGCCACGCCAUGCGCGUGGAAGAUGAACGAAAGUUGGGGGAUGCUUGACUACCGCUGUCCAAGGGCCAUCCCUCGAGCAAAGUUCACCGACUUUGUUUCAAACGCGACAGUCUGCGCUCACUGCAACAUCGCAAGGAUCUCUGAGGCUAUCCAAGAAGGACAAUUGAGAUGGUUUGUGUAGGUUCUUCGUCGUCCCCCUUAUAAACUAAGUGUUGCUGCCAUCAGUCCGGACGUCGUUGCCCACCACGAGGCAGGGAAGAGUUCAACUCAAAGCCUGGCUCGGCACAAUCCUUCAAGCCAUAAAAGUGGUUCACGGAGCUUCGGCAUUCAAUCUCCGUAGCUGGACGAAAGAAUUGUUCAAGAUGUUAAAAUGCGUUUCCGCAGAUCGUCACGCGUGGUGAGGUACAAUUUGCGACAUUGAGGCCCGAUAGGUCUGGCACGAGCACAGCCAUGCCAAGUACUGGCCGACUAUUAUGGGGACGGUGAUUUGUGCGUGAUGAACGUUCAACGUAAAGUCGGUCGAACCAGUCAUGUUCGAUGCCGCCACAAGUAUCAAGUCGAUAGCACCAGGUCGAGUGCGAUGUUUUUGUCUUCGCCAAAACUGGUUUAAAUAUUGCUAAUGGAGCAUAAUAAUUGUCACGAAGGGCAAGUGAGGCCGGUGUUGCAAAAUCUUACCAAUGUACGUCCAUCCGCUUGCAAGUCACCAUCUCCCCGGACGCUGGUUUUCGUUCGGCACAAUAGGCGUACUCACAAGUCCUGAAAUAUUUCGGUAUUAUUAUACUAGUGGAAUUCACUUUUCAUCGUAUAUAUUCCCUUGUUUACCCCUUCCUACCCCAUACCAUCGUACACUUCAUCCUACAAAAACUUGCAGCAUCAAUUUUGUUUUAAAAUCACUUAGGCAUACCUAGGAACGGCUCAGUCGCGCAUUGACAAACUGAACAACGAGCCGGGGCGAAUCUCUAAUUUUGAGGUUCAACGCCUGGUUGCUAGCGUUUUCCACUGUUUCAACUUUGCCGCGUUGCAGUACCUGGCACCUACCCUACUCACUAUCGGCCUUGUCUGCUCUUACAAAACUACCACUGGCACGCCUUGGUUUCCCCUUGGCCUUACCACAACAUCUGCAUCGGCGUCUUCUGGUGUCAGGGUGCGCCAGCACUCUUUAGAUUCCGUCCUUGCCAUCUUUUCUCAGCAUGAUUGGGACUCCAUCUCCACUGCACCUUGGUUUGCGGCCAUACAGGAGACGCGGGAGGCCUUUGGUGAGAUCUUAGACUCUCUGCGAUACCCGGCACGGCACGCCUGUCACGGCAUCCUAGGCUUCCUGCUCUGGUGGACUCUCGCAUCGUGGCAGGCCAUCACAAGCACUGGGAUGGCUUAUUAUCGGUUUCUUGACUAA